AUUCAUAGAUACCGAGUCUUCAAGGAUGCCAAUUGGCCGGUACACCCGUACGACUCGUGUGGGACAUGUUUUGGUCAAAUACCCUACUCGUCCUUGUUCGGCGACUGAUAUUCGUCGUGGCCUUGCAAGCAUGUUGGUUCAAAGCUGCAGUUCAAAAAUAUCUAUUCGACGGCCAGGAUAUCUCAAAUUCCGUGCGGAUCGAGAGAAGUACUAUCGGGCCAACCAACCAUCGGCCAAUGAACAUCUCGUCCCUUGCCUAUUAAACUGGCAUCAGCCCGCGGCAACUAAUUCUCAGAGCCGCGGACGCUUCUGCCACACUCCGCAGGUAUUCUGGGCGUGUCUCGUUAGUGUUGUUCGUAUACCUAAUCACCUACAUGACCUCGUCACCUCGCUUCCCUACACCCAUCUGGGCAAAAGACAUCGUCAGCACCCCAACUUUGUCUCGGCGUCUGCUUUCUCAGCUAGAGGCAUAGGUAAGGUACGCUGCAUUUCCGUAGGACGGUAUCCGUACACGUGGUUUAUCUGGGCUUUCUUUUGGUGCGUCUUGUCUUGCGUGGCAAUGGUGGCCCGGGCACACAACAUCCAAGGUGUCCCGUACUUGAGAGUGACUAGGUAUCGAACUGUUUUUGAGCCAAAGGGGAAGGAAAAAAAGUAAUAAAAAAAAAGUAAUAAAAAAAAAGUAAG